GAUGGGACGGUGCGAGUUGCUACCUCCAGCCCGGGCAGCUCCUUGAGUUGGCAACCCGCUGCUCCAGCGCAAGGCUCGGCCGGACCGCAGCUGGAAGCAAAACUGCUAUGAAGAUAAGAGGACAUGAAGGUGCACUUCCAUCUCAUUUUCCUGUUGCAUGCAUGUACUAUAGUUUUAGGACUUGAAAUAGUAACUGGACAGGUUUCCAAAGACUGCAUUCUGCCGUGCUCCUUUCCACGUGGUGAAGAAGUAGUAAUUCACUGGAAGAAAGAACUCCAAAAUGUGCACAGCUACUACAGUGGGCAGGACCAACUAGCAAGCCAAGACUCUCAAUACCGGGGUAGAACAGCUCUCUUUCAUGAGGGGAUUCCCAAUGGAAAUGCCUCCUUAAAACUGAGUAAACUGCACCAGACCGAUGAGGGCUCCUAUUCUUGCUAUGUGGGGACAAAACAAACGAGAACAGAAGUGGAAGUCAAACUGUCCAUACAAGCUCCCCCUCAUUACGCAAUGGAAUAUGAAAAACAAGACUCUGAGAGACAACUGAAAUGUUCUGCCUUUCUUGGCUAUCCUAAGCCUAAUAUUAUAUGGCAAGAUUGCUGUAUAUCAAGGGAAGACACAAGAACCGAAAGAACCCAGGAUGGACUUUAUUCAGUUAGAAGUGAGAAGAAUAUUACAGACAAAGCUUAUUCUUAUGUGUGUCACAUUCAGUUUGGGGAUCAGAUCUGGACUGCUGACUGGAAGAGGGCAGAUCUACUUUGUAGAAGUGAAGGAGGUACCGCCAUAAUCCCAUGUGAAGUUUCUGCUGAAAGUUCCUCAUACACUAUUACUUUGAAAGCAAUAAAAAGUACAUCUACUUCUGUUCUGGCAUCCUUCAAUAGCACAUCAAGAAGCCCUGUACUUCUGCCAGAAAGAUUCUAUUUGGACACAGACAAACCACAUAAAUAUAAGUUAAAGAUAAGUGGCCUGACUCUAGAUGACCAGGGAGAAUAUCUGUGUAAUGUUUCAACACCUCAGUACACAAAACUGACUAUAACGACUUUACAAGUUGAAGAAAGAACAAGUACAAAUUCUGCUGUAUCUGGCACUGGCAUUGGCAUUGGCAUUGUCAUCGGCAUUGUCAUCACUGUUAUUGGCGGCAUUUCAUAUUAUUUAUACAAGAAAGGACACCCUAAACAAAACCGGAGUGCGGUAAAAACUGCGUCACCUUCAGAGGAACCAGUAGCUCUCCUCCCCCGGGAUAAAGGAUGGACUCCGGAGGGACUCCGCCAGGCCUAGGGAGAGUACUUAACCUUUUUCCCCAGGACCAAGAAAAUAAUCAGCAAAAUAAUUUUCUCAAGUCUCUCUCCAACUGUAUGCUUAAAAAAAACCCCAGAAAAUUCUUUGCCCUUUGAUUAUUCCAUAUAUAAUCCAUAUAGUUGUAUUAGAAAGCAAAUGUACAAGUAACUUUCUGAACAGAAUUAUUAACAAAGGGACAGAAGCUUGUAAAAGCAGGUGGAUGAAAAAGUGUGUCAUGCUUUUCACAAAGAUUGAUUGCAGAACAUGUUAAAGUUUUAUUAAAUAUGACAAAAUCUAUGUUGUAUCAAAAUGGUGAGAAAAAUCUUACGCUCUUUGUGGUUCAUAUAUUUGUAUAUGGCUGUUUUAAUCAAACUUGGAGAGAAGGUGGGUCAAACUGAUAUCUAACUUAAUCUCUCUGGAAAGUAGUAAAAGUCACUGUAAACAUUUUACCUCAUAGUGAAUAAUACUCUUGAUAAUUUGCCAGUACAUACAUACAUACACACACACACACACACACACACACACACACACAGUCGGGCCCUCUCAGAGGCCAAGAGAGGCCCGGGCCACUUCCAUUUUUUGAGGCUCAAAAUAC